UGUUGUUUCUUGACAGAAAAGUUUGCAAAUAUGGUGGCUAAAGUAGUUCCAAAUGUCUUCACAGGGUUGGUGACUGGCGGAAAUGAAUUACUGGAACUCAGCCCCUGCCCACUGAAAUACUGCAGCACAACUCUGAAGUGAAUCGGGAGGACGCAGCGUUGGUGGGACGAGGGCCUGAUCCUGCGGGCACCGGCGAGGACGAAGCAGCCCUCUCCUGCCUGGCUGGCCCCAGGAACUGCUGCUCGAUGGACAGAGGCGUGCUGGUGGGACCACGUUUACAACAUGCUCUUGGCACUUCACCCAUCCCCACUGUGCUGAGUCCCAGUUGUGAAGCUGUCUGUGCUGUGCUGAGGACAAGUGGGACAGCUUGUUAAAAGCAGAUGUGGUUUUGGUAAGUAGAAUGAACUUACCUUGGCAGAAAACACCUAGCCAGGCUGGCAAAGAGACUGCUUAGCCCUGUCAUGCAAGAUUUCUUCAGAAGCAAAGCAGCACAAAAGAAGACAUUCUGCUCUUUGAAAACAACUGGAACCACUGGCAAGAAGCAGCCACACUGUGCACUGAACAAGGGCACCUUUUCCAGGUUAUCAAAACAUGCUGUUGAACUGAAUUUUGGAGCUGCAUUUCCAAAUGUACCAUGGGAUGCAUCAAAUCCAAGGCUGCCUUUCAAGGUUCAAAUGCUAUCCAGGAUGAACAGAUCAGGGAAGGUAAUGAAGGAUGUACUGGAGAGAAAUCAUCACUGAUAGCAGUGAAGGUGAAUGAGAAAGGUCCAUCGAGCCCUAUAGUGCUAGACUAUGCACACCGUCUCUCCCGUGAGAUCGUUGAUCAGGCGGUAAAACAGUGGGCAGUGACUGAAAGCAAAUACAGCGACAUCCCUUUUAUUGAAAGUGAUGUGCCCUGAGCCCUGACUGGCAAGAACUGUCUUCACCACGAGUGUCCUGUCUGUGAAGCAGUUUGUAUUUGGUACUAGUGCAAAUAAAGUAAAAUCAGCUGUGAUUUGAGCAUAAUGCCACUAUAUGAAUGUGUUUGCAAGAAGAGGCAAAAAAAAAAUGGCCUUUUCAUCUAUAUUGCUAAGAAAUUAAUUGGAUUACAGUACAAUCUAUUAAGCAAGUGUCAUUUGUCAUCAGACGUAUGUUGAGUAUGUUCUGUCUUUGUAUGUAUCAAAUGUGAUCAGAAAUAGUGUUAAAAGGAUGAGAGGAAUGUGGCUGCCCUGCAACUGUAAAAGCACUGCCUCAGAGGCCCCAGAGAUGCUUAACAACAAAGUGUGGAUUAUUUUUAUUUACUGCAAAAAAAAAAAUCAGUGGCCUGGUUGUAGGUGAAAAGAGGGGAACUCUCCAUGCUUGGUAAAUUUGUCUGCAUUUUGCUGAAGUGAAACCAAGGUCUGCAUGUAGCAAAGGUAACUGCUGUCAUAAAUUUUACCUUGAUUCUUUGACCUGGCUGAAUCUGUAAACCACAAAAUAAUGAAGGUGAUGAGAAGCAUUUUAUAAACCCCAGCAGUAUUCAGGGACCCAUAUGGAUUAUGAUACUAAUCAACUUCUGUUCUUAAGUGAAACAGUGAGGAACAGGACUGUGUUGACAAACAGUGCAUUAUAAUUAACAGAUGCUCUGGCUUCUGUAAAUGCAUGAAGGCUAUUCUCUAAAAUCCUACAGUAAGGUAGUUUAAUGACAUCUGAUCGCUGUGUUCAGACCAAGCUGUUUGGAUUUUUGGUUUGGUUUGGUUUUUACGUUCGGGUGCUGUUUUUUAGGGGGGAUUGGUUUUAGUUUUUUACUGUAACCCACAUAGGUGUGCAAAAACUACUGAUGCAAACUAGUGAAACAAACCUUCAACAGUGUGACAGUAUUUUAGGACUGUAUGUUUCAUGGGACCUAUGGCUGAUUUACACUGAAAUUUCACACAAAGGUAAUGCCCUCGCCACAGGACCUUCCUUCAGCUUCUGUAGGCUCAUCUUGACCCAGUGGUAAAACUGCAUAUGGUGAUGCAAAUACAAGCUACAGAAACCCAAAGCCUGAGCAGUGCACUGAAUCUGCAAAUAAGCCUUAGGCCAAAAGCUUAAGGGACUCAAUUCUUUACCAGUUUUAUGUAGCCUGCCUCCACACACCGCACCCUGCUUCUCCAGGACUUGCAGCCUGACCUACAGUAACUAGCAUUUGAGAUACGAAGAAAGGGAGGUGUUAAUCACUGUCAUCUUAAAGCUACAGUUUUGCGGACAUUUUAUACAAAGUGAAUGCCUUGUAAAAGCUUGGGGUUUAGCACCGGUUUGUUCCUUUUUCUGUUAUGGCCAGUUUAAAAGACAUAGGUUUGGUUUUUUUCCUAGAUCAAACAUUUUUCCAUUUGAUGUUUUUGUUUUACAGAAAAAUGCUUUCCAUACUGGCAAAAACUGAUACUAUUUUUAAAACACACACACGUAGUUCUAGUAAAUUAUAUAAAGCAUGAUUUUUCAAGCGGAAGGAAGCAAGCAGAAAGAGGACCAUGUAAGUUGUUAUUUGUAGCCUGCCUUAAAUCUGAGAAUAAGCUAUGAUUUGAGCUGUUUUGAAAACUCUGCCACACAAACUUAGUUACUUUAAAUCCACCUGUAUGGGAAAGUGGUUUUAUCAAGAGUAAAGGGUGAAAAAUGGUUCUCUGUAACACAGCACAAGACUAUUAAUUCACAGUGACCAGACUAGACUGUGCUGUUAAGACUCUUCUCAGGCUUUCGCUGAAAAGAAGGGGGACAAAAUCUGCUUAUGUUGCAUUGUUUUCUUCUUUGAAGUGAUGAAUCUUUGAAGCCAUAUGUAAAGUGGGACCAAGGCCCACUUAAAUUCUACCACCAACAGUGAUGUACCUUGAAGUUCUAAAGCAUGUAAAACAUUAGACCAUACCCUACAUUUGCUCAGUCUAAAGAAAUGUCCACGCUAUAUCAGAUCAGCACAUAUAUUAAUUUGAUAUUGCUUAACCACAGCAUUAAAAAGGAUUCCUAUUUAUAUUAUAGCUAAAGUUUUAUUACAAAAAAAGUGAACCUUUCUGUAACAUUAGUCUUUACUCAAAGAUAUUAACACUGUCAAAGACAGUAAUUAAAGAAAAAAAUAGCAAAGACACCCCAAAUCAAACAAAAGCCAAACACCCCACCC